AGCUAGCUUCAAAACAAUCCCAAGGUGCAACCCUAAAUUAAGGAAUUAAACACCGAGUAAAUAUUAGCCUGAAAACACUGGCCACCAGCUUUUCUGUUCUACUUUAUAAUAAAGCAAAAGUAGGAAUAAAAAGGAAACUGAAUAGAUGAAAGAAAGGAAAGAGAAAGCAACAUAGGCAAAGUUCCUCAACCCCAUCUCUAUAAAAUACUUGAGACCCAAAGCUUUAAGUUUCUCUUCAACAGAUAGUAAGAAAGCAAAACAGAACUCUCAAAGCUUUAGCCAAGACUUGUUUGGGUGCACAUACAAGGAAAUAUCACAAAGGUGAAAGUGGAAAAGUAGAAGGGAAAAAGGAGAUUGAAAUUUUCUUUUCUUGUAGGUUAAUUAUUUUGAAGGCAUGUAUAUGAAUUGAAAUUUUGCGCAUGAAACUCUUCCAGUGCAGCAAAUGAUGGCUGGGAACCCUAACUGGUGGAGCAUGCAUCCACCAUCUUCGAUGAUCUCUCCUCAAUAUGUGAUUCCAUCUUCUUCAAUUCCUUUUAAUUCUUUGACAGAAAAUCUAGAGCCUCCUCAGUCAUGGAGCCAACUGCUUUUUACUGGAAUAGCCGGGGAAGAAGAGAGACUGGGUUUCAGUCAUUUUCAACCUAAGAAAUUCGAAAACUGGGAUGCCCAGAUUCUCAACACACCUUCCAGAGUUCCGAUUCUUGAUGUAAUAAAGCAAGAAGUUUCUCAAAGUGGGAAUUUGUACGGCCAUGGGCGUGAGGAAUUUCAGGCUUCUGGACCAACAGACUCAUCUUGGUCUCAUAUGGUGCCAGUUUCUUCCCCCAGGUCUUGUGUCACUAGCUUGAGUAGUAACAAUAUGUUGAAUUUCACUUAUAACAAGGGAGAUCAUAGGAAAAAUCAACUUCCAGAUCAAACAUCUGAGUGUGAUAGCACAAUUGGAAUUUGUAAGAAUGCUAGGGUUCAUGCAUCUUCAAGCCAAGCAUCUCUGAAGGUGAGGAAGGAGAAGCUAGGAGAUAGAAUAACAGCACUUCACCAGCUAGUUUCCCCGUUUGGAAAGACUGACACAGCUUCUGUCUUGUUAGAAGCCAUUGGAUAUAUAAGGUUCCUGCAGGGUCAAAUUGAGGCACUCAGCUCUCCUUACUUGGACAAUGCAUCAAAAAACAUGAGGAAUCAACAGUCUGUACAUGGAGAAAGAAAUUCUGUUUUUCCAGAGGACCCCGGUCAGCUGUUGAAUGACAAUAAUGGCCUCAAAAAAAGAAAGGGAGCCCCAAACCAGGAUGCAGAAGAAAAGGCAAAGGACCUAAGGAGUAGGGGGUUGUGCUUGGUCCCCGUGUCUUGUACCCAACAUGUUGGAAGCGAAAAUGGGGCCGAUUACUGGGCACCAGCAUACGGCAGUGGAUGUUAACAUGUAGCAAUCUUUUUGGGAUAAUGCAUUUGGAUGAAUCAAUAUUUGUGGAUGAUAUCGUAUAACAUCGUUAGCAGUCAUUCUGUAAUAACGAAAAGGCUGAUUGCUCACGAUGCUAUAUACCCUUCACCAUUCACUCAAUGCAAUUUUAAUUAUAUAUAUAUAUAUAUAUAUAUAUAUAUAUCUCUUUGUUCAUGUACUCCCUCUAAUCUAA